CGUUGGCGCGCUGCGCCCGAGUAGUUUUAACGGUUUGUGAAUUACGCCAAAUCGAAACAGAACUGCUUUGAAGUGAAAGUGCCAGGAUGUUGUGAUGCACGUGUUGUGUUAAGUGUACAAUCGAUUAGAAUCGUGUGAUAACCAAAAUCGAUUAACAAGUUAACGCAAAGUGAUCGAGUACGACAUCGGAUAACUCUACGAUCGCAACAAUAUCAUCGCAAAUAGUGUUGUGAACGUAUGUGUUUCUAUGUAAGUGUGAAGUGAUGCAGUGUAGUGUACGACGGUCACAAAUGAAGCGACGUAAACUGUUGUGCUUAAAACGGUGCAGAGAAUAAGCAACCAUGUUGGUGAUGAGAGCUUUAGUCAUCGCAGGAUGUCUAGCAAUAGCAUCUUCACAGGCGCCUCCAGGCUUCAAUCUCCCGGCGAUUAUGCAUGUCGAUCGGAACUGGAAUGUGAUGCCCACGGAACCGAUAGGAUCCUUCGUCACCAAAGUCUACAGUGAGAGCAGUCUCCCUGUGACCUUCGACUUGGAGACCACUGACCCGCCAGUACCGUUUAGGAUCGAUCCAAUCACUGGGGUUGUGACUGUGAAUGAUACGCUGAUUGAUAAGGAGAACAAAACCUACUCACUAUGGGUGACAGCGAACGACGGCUCCAUACCACAGAAGUUAGAAGUCUACGCAACAGUCUCCGACAAAUCUGGCAAGAGGCCGAAGUUACCUCAUCCACUGAACUUGAACUUCCCUGCCUACCCCAGCUUACCUAUACAACCAAAGUUUACGAGGACAACACAAAGCACUACCAAAGCAACUCAUAUUUAUGUAACAGUACCUGAAGUGACUACGUCACUGGCUACUCUAAGUCCUCCAAAUCCUCCUGAUGAUGUUCCUGGGGGUAUGAAUAUAGUUCAGAACGAUGAUGGAACGACCAGUACCGAAGCUCCGAAUAAGAAUCCUACGAACAACGAUGUACCAUUGACGAUGGUGCCUCUGGUGGCGAUAGGAGCUCUCGUAGUGAUUGUCGCUGUAGUCAUACUCUUCGUGUGCAAGAAGAAUAAUGCUCAAAAGAAGGAUAGUAAGAAGGAUGAUAUGAGUAAGGACUCGAGUGGGAUCGUCCUUCAAGACGCAUCGCUUAAUAUGUGGGACCAUCCACGCGCGUACUCCAAUCGUUAUGAAUCUUGGGACAACAAUCAUUUACAGUUGUCAGAGGAAACGUCGAUAUCAAAAGACGACCAUCCACCGGACAAGUGGGAGUUCCCUCGACAUAAGCUAAGGAUCUUCAACAUUGUGGGAGAAGGUGCCUUUGGCCAGGUGUGGCGAGCUCAAGCUACGGACAUUGGUGGAAAGAAAGGUGAACAAACAGUUGCAGUGAAGACACUAAAAGAAAAUGCUUCAGAAAAAGAAAAAAUCGAUCUUCUACAAGAACUGUUAGUUAUGAAGAAUUUGGACUACCAUCCAAAUGUAGUCCAAUUGAUUGGAUGCUGUACAGAAAAGGAACCCACCUUAGUAAUAAUGGAAUUCGUAAGCCUGGGCAAGCUCCAGCAGUUCCUCAGAGACUCCAGAGCUGAACGUCAUUACGGGAACACCCAUGGGAGCCAGUUCCUCACAUCUCAAGAUCUCACGAAGUUCGCCUUCCAAGUCGCGAGAGGAAUGGAUUUCCUUAGUUUGCAAGGGAUAAUCCACCGAGACCUGGCAGCGAGGAAUGUGCUGAUCACAGAAGACAGGGUGUGCAAAGUGGCAGACUUUGGCUUCGCCAGAGAUGUUGGUGAUACUCAUGUGUAUGAGAGGAAGAGUGACGGACGACUACCCAUCAGAUGGAUGGCGCCUGAAUCUUUAUACGACAAUAUAUUUAGUGUGAAGUCCGAUAUUUGGAGUUUUGGCAUCUUGCUGUGGGAGAUUGUGACCCUCGGCUCAACACCGUAUCCUGGACUAUCAGCUAACGACGUCAUGAAAAAGGUCAUUGAAGGUUAUCGUCUCGAGAAGCCGGAGCACUGCCAUCGCGAACUUUACAACAUAAUGUACUACUGUUGGGAAGCAGAACCUAAAGACAGGCCCGAUUUCGCAGACAUCGUUAAUAGAUUAGAACCUCUAAUUAAUAAGGAUAUGGAUUAUAUACAGCUAGAAAGGUUUCCAGAUCAUUCUUAUUAUAAUCUUCAACAUUUAGAUGGGGAGAAACUAUGAUUGUCUGGGUAUUUUGGAAAUGGUACUUUUAUGUGUAUAUUUUUGUAAAAACGAAUGAAUCGAAAUAGUAUGUAAAUUUAGCUAGCUUGUUCUAAUACUUUUUUGGCCAGCAAAGCUGUUGCUCAGUUUUUAAAUGCAAUGUCAACUCUUGAAAGAUGCCCCAUUAAAAUUGACAGUAGUUAGGAAACCCUUGAAGUUUUUCUCGUCUUUGUUACGUGAAAUGUACAAUGGAGGGCACAUCCGCCUAAUCACCACUAAGUUAAUAUUUGCUUGCACCUGAUGAGAUCCGCUUUCUAACCCUACCCUAUGACCUUGAAUUGACGAAUGAAGUAUGGCAGUGGGUGGGACUAGCGCCGGCGCACAUAACCGUACAACAUGAAAACCACCACUGAAUAUGAAAUUACACAAGUUGCGUUACUAAGCUGCAACAUUGUUCCUUUAGUUGACACAUUUAUGGAACAUGGCAAUAAAAUUGAAAGUGAUCAAGCGAAUCUGUCCCCCAGUGUACAUAAUUAUAAGCAUGGUAUAAACUCAAAGGUGGUACUCAAAAAUAAUAUUGUCCUUUAGAUUGUAACAUAUUGUGCAUUAUAUAGAUUUUUAAAUAAAAUUAAUUUAUACCUUCAGUCCUUUGUAAUGGUAAGAGUAAUUAUGUAAAUAGUUUUUGGAACAAAAAAGGAACAUUUGUGUCAAAUACACAUUAAAAUUAUAUAGAUUAAAGUUUUUGAACAAGAAAUUAAACAUUCAUGAAUUUCUCAAUACAAUGAAAUUUUAAUGUAUUAUAUCGUACAUUUAAUGAUUUAUAUAUUUUGGUAGCG